GACCAGACAAGUUUCUCUGAAGGGGAGGAAGGGUGAAGAUUUGGUUAGUGAGGCAUUUUAUUCAAUUAGUGCUGCGUAUUAAACUACCACCCAUCCUGUGGUAAGUCAGUUACCUGACCACAGGGCAGGAUCCUCUUACCUUUGUCCUUGCUAAGCAGUAAUGACUGAUCAACUAUUGACAGGAGACAAUGGCAAAGAAGGUUGUGGUGAUUGGAGCAGGGGUCAGUGGCCUAAUCUCUCUGAAGUGCUGCGUGGACGAGGGUCUGGAGCCCACCUGCUUCGAAAGGACUGAAGAUAUAGGGGGACUGUGGAGAUUCAAAGAAAACGUGGAAGAUGGCCGCGCUAGCAUCUACCGCUCUGUCAUUACCAACACUAGCAAAGAAAUGUCCUGUUUCAGUGACUUCCCGAUGCCGGAGGACUUCCCCAACUUCCUGCACAACUCUAAACUCCUGGAAUAUUUUAGGAUCUUUGCCAAGAAAUUUGAUCUCCUAAAAUAUAUUCAGUUUCAGACCACUGUCAUUAGUGUGAAAAAACGCCCGGACUUCGCAUCUUCUGGGCAAUGGGAAGUUUAUACUCAGAGCAACGGAAAGGAGCAACGCACUGUCUUUGACGCUGUUAUGGUUUGCAGCGGCCAUCACAUCCAGCCUCACCUGCCACUCAAGUCAUUCCCAGGUAUUGAGAGGUUCCGAGGCCAGUAUUUCCAUAGCCGCGAAUACAAGCACCCAGUGGGGUUUGAGGGGAAACGCAUCCUGGUGGUUGGAAUAGGAAACUCAGCUGCAGAUAUUGCCUCUGAACUGAGUAAGACGGCCGCGCAGGUGUUUGUCAGCACCAGACAUGGAUCCUGGGUCAUGAGUCGAAUCUCUGAAGAUGGCUACCCUUGGGACAUGGUGUUCCACACUAGAUUUAGCUCCAUGCUCCGAAAUGUCCUGCCCCGCACGGUCGUCAAGUGGAUGAUGGAACAACAGAUGAAUCGAUGGUUCAACCAUGAAAAUUAUGGUCUGGUGCCUCAGAACAAAUACCUUAUGAAAGAACCUGUGCUAAACGACGACCUCCCCAGCCGCCUGCUGUACGGAGCCAUCAAAGUAAAAACACGGGUGAAGGAGCUCACGGAGACAGCUGUGGUCUUCGAGGAUGGCACGGUGGAGGAAGACGUGGAUAUCAUUGUCUUUGCCACGGGGUAUACGUUCUCUUUUUCUUUCCUGGAAGACUCACUUGUUAAAGUGGAGGAUAAUAGGGUUUCCCUGUACAAAGCCAUGUUUCCCCCUCACCUGGAGAAGCCAACCCUUGCGUGCAUAGGUCUCAUCCAGCCUCUAGGCUCCAUCUUCCCAACCGUAGAGCUUCAGGCGCGCUGGGCGACAAGAGUUUUCAAAGGCUUGUGUAGCUUGCCUUCGGAGACGACUAUGAUGGCAGACAUUGUUGAAAGAAAUGAAAAAAGAGUUAACCUGUUUGGGAAAAGCCAGAGUCAGAUACUGCAGACCAACUACGUUGACUACCUGGAUGAACUCGCCUUGGAGAUAGGUGCAAAGCCAGAUUUCGUCUCUCUCUUUUUCAAAGACCCUAAACUGGCUGUGAAACUCUACUUCGGACCCUGUAAUUCCUACCAGUACCGCCUGGUUGGACCUGGGCAGUGGGAAGGAGCCAGGAACGCCAUCCUCACCCAGAAGCAGAGGAUCCUGAAACCCUUAAAGACCCGGACUCUCCAGUCCUCUGAUAGUGCCCCAGUGUCUUUCCUGCUCAAGAUCCUGGGGCUGCUCGCUGUUGUUCUGGCCUUCUUUUUCCAACUUCAGGGGUUUUAAUCAGUCACAUGACAGUUUUCUCCAUCACUGCCUCUUUGAAAGGGAAACUGGAGAAAUUCCAUCCUCAUUAUAAUUUUACUUUAGGGGAAUAAGUAGGGGGACUAAUUGUAGGGAGAUCAGAAAACUUAGGUCUAGAUAUAAAACUAAGUUAAGGUUACAGGAUGUUCUUAUCAUUGUUUCCCCAAAUUCAUCAGUCUCCACAUGGUAUUCUAUAAUAACACCAGCACAGGUAGAUAGUACUAUCAGCCAUGGCAGGUUUUGAGUUACAAGAUUAAAAAAAAAAUCAAUAAAAUUAUGUAGAAUAAAAAGUAAGUCAUAGUUGAGCAUGUUAGAACAUGGCUUUAAUCUUAGCACUUGGAAGGCAGAUGGAUCUCUGUGAGUUCAAAGAAAAAAAAAAGGCAAGACACUGAAGAACUGAAAUUGUAGUAGACAUUUCACAUCUUGUACACUAUGAUGCUCAGUGCUGUUCCUAUGCAUACUCUGGUCACAGUUCCCACUUCUGAUGCAAAAAUGAAAACAAUAUUCCCUAGCUACAACAUAUAGAUAGAUACUGUUUCUCAUAGACUAGACAUUGUGCUGUGUGUACAUUAUGUAUUUUAUUGGAUUUAAUUCUCACAGCAACUGUGUGAUGGGUAGAGCUAUAUAUAUCACCCAUUCUACAGAUGGCACUGAGGAGGGGACAUUAUAGAGCAUAUCCUAAACAGCUGGUCUUGAGAUGAGGCUUCAAUUGAAGCCCAAUUUGUUAAACUCAGAAACUUAUGCUCAUGACCUCCCCAUGCAAUAUGCUUAUUAAUGAAUAGUCCACUCUUGACGAAGUACUUCCUAAUCACUUAUUUUAGUCAUUAUAAACUCACACAAUAGCUCUAUUCAUUAGCAUAAAGUUUUCUAAGACUAUUGUAGAAAAUGGCACUUUCUUUGCAAAUAGAAUCUGUCUAGGUUCAUUUACAAUAUUAGGUCUGUAUGUCCGCUGGAAUUUAAAAAGCACUUGGGAUAAACACAGUAGUACAGACCUUUAAUCCCAGCACUAAGGAGUCAAGACAGGCAGAUUACUACCAGUUUGAGGCUGGGUUGCUCUACAUAGCAAAAUCUGGGCCAGCCAGGGCUACAUGGUGACAACCUGUCUCAAAAGAAAAAUAAUUACAAAGAGAUUUAGUAUUAAAAAUAGCUAUGCAGUGAUAUUUAAUCAUCACCAUGUGAAAGUAUAAGAAAUGAAGUGAAGUGCAUCUCCCAAGCAGAUGAAACUCUACAAUGGCUGAGGUUAUAGGGUUAACAUUAUAGGUAAGAAAAGCAAAUCUCAGCAAUGUCCUGUCUUUGUCAUCUGAUAAGGGGCAGGGGGAGGUUGUCAGUUAUGAGAGACAUUUUCUUGGAACGGAAAACUAAAGGAGACACCAGCAGUUUAGUGUCAACAAACACUGAGCAACAUAGCAAACACCAGGCUACAAACACUCCUGAUAGCAUCUCUUUCCAUGAACCGCACUGCAAAAGAUAAGCUAUGCCCAGAGACCAGACCAGAGCCUCUGCAGAGGGGACAAAGGCCAGGAUACUGAAGGUUUAAGUAAAUAGCUCUUCUUUAGCCCUCCGAGCAGUGGUUCUCAGUUUUCCUAAUGCUACACCCCCUUAAAACAAUCCCUCAUGUUGUGGUGACCCUCAACCAUAAAAGUAUCUCAUUGCUGCUUCAUAACUGUAAUUUUGCUACUCUUAUGAAUUGUUGUGCAAAUAGCUGAUAUGUGACCCCUGUGGGGGUCUUGACCCACUGGUUGAGAACUACUGCUUCAAAGCUUUGUGAACACUGUCUUUAAACCAGCCCCUCUCUCCGUUCUCUCCCCUUACUCUCCUCCCCCUUUCCAGUUUGAUGGCAAUCUCUUCCAAAGGAAACUUCUUUCUUCUAAGCCCACUGAAUUGGGCUGCAGAAUUGCCCGGUUGGCAAGGCCUUGUAAGCUUAAGAAUCUGAAUUUGAGCUUCAGGACCCAUAUUUUACAAGCCCGGUGUGGCUGCACACACUUCUAAUCCCAGCAUUGGGGAGGGAGAUGAAAACAGUAUCCUGGGUAUCGCUGGCCAGCCUCCUCUGUUUUAAUGAGUUCCAGGUCAGUCAGAGACCCUGUCUCAGAAAACAAAAGUGGGCGAAUCCUGAGGAGCAAUACCAGAGUCUCACCUCUGGCCUAUGUACUCAUGUUUGUAUAUGUUUCCACAUAACCCUGCAACUGCACGCACUUGAACACACACAAACAUAUAUGCAUACACAUAUAUACAUACAAAAGUUCACUGAUAUUACUACAUUUGCAUUUAAGACUCUUGACUGUACUUAUAAGCAAAUUCCUUUCAAAAGUUACAAAUGAAAAUGUAUUGUGUGCAUCUAUGAAAUUCUCAAACACAUUUUUUUAAAAAUAAAAAUUACAAGUGAAAUGUAUAAA